CUCCACAAACAAGGACGGGCCGGUAGCAGCUUUAGCAAAACCCCGAUAUCCCCUCGCCGGAUUCUCAAGAAUCAGCACACGGCCUCAUACCAUGCGGCCAUAAUGUCCUCCGCCGACUUCCAAGCCGCGCAACAACGCAUCGCCGCCCGUCAGGCAGCGCAUGCCGCGUCCGUUGCUUCUCAACUACACGCCCCCGCCUCCUCACCCCUCCACAAGCACCUUUCUCAUCUCCCGCCCUCCCUCAACCGUCUCGGCGCUGCCGGUAUCACAGCAUGGGAUACCAUCCGCGGCCGCUCUGGCACCAGCCCUGCCUUCCGCGUCGGACAGGCUGAUGCGGAGCUUCUAGACGAAGAGCUCCUCUCCCUACUCCGCGGCCAGAUCACCUCAGGGCUAAAAUACUUCGGAGACAUACAAGAAGAAUGGGGCGAAGAAGUUGGGCUCGCACUGCGCGGCGUGCUCUUCAAAGUCUCCGUCUGGGAUCAUGACGCGACCUACGGCGCCGCCCUCCAAAACCUCCGCUUCACCGACGCGCGACACACCGGCUUGGUCCCCCUCCCCCCCUCUCGCUCCCAAAAAGCGCUCUACGGCCUCCUUACCGUCUUCGGCCCCUACGCCUGGAUACGAUGGGAGCGCUACCUCUCCUCGCCCUCCUUCUCUCUCUCCUCGCGCCUCAACACCAUCACCUCGCGCCUCACAACCGUCUACUCCCUCGCCUCCCUCGCAUCCUUCAGCGCCUUUCUCCUCAACGGCCACUACCGCACCCUCCUCGACCGCGCGCUCCGCCUGCGCCUAGCACCGCGCACGAACCAGCUCGCGCGGGACAUCUCAUUCGAGUACCUCAAUCGCCAACUCGUCUGGCACGCCUUUACCGAGUUUCUCCUCUUCCUCCUCCCACUCCUCGGCAUCGCGCGCUGGCGGCGCUGGCUCUCCCGCACUUGGCGCCGCGUAUCCUCUCUCUCCUCCCCCUCCGACGGGCCUGCAGAAGUCAAACAGGGCCCGCUAGCGCACCUCCCCGAACGGACUUGCGCGAUCUGCUACGAGGACCAGAAUAAAGCGAAGUCGGAAGCUGAGAUUGUUGCUGCGAGCGCCGCGGGGCAGGGGGGGGUGGCGGGCGGGAUGACGGAUGUAACGAAUCCGUACUGCGGGGCAUGCGGGUGCGUGUACUGCUUUGUGUGCCUCGCGGGCCGGUUGGAGGGCGAGGCGGGGGAGGGAUGGGUAUGUUUGCGCUGUGGAGAGGUGGUGCAGGAGUGCUGGGCGUGGGGGGGUGAUGUGAUUGAGGAGAAGCCGGUGAAGGUGGGGAGGGAGAAGAAGGUCGGGUUCGUGGAUGGGAAUGGGAGUAGCAGUGAGAGCGAGAGUGUGAGUGAGGAGAGGGAUGAGGAAGGGUCGGAGGUUUAUGAGGAGAACGAGAUGCCGGAUUUUGACGAAUAGGUAUUUGGAACGGGGAUUGGGAUAUGUGUUUACUAGGCGCGUUUGUGCUUUCGAUUCUUCUGGCGGCCGUCGAGGAGACGGAUUGGUUAUGUUGUUGCGAUUUUGGGAUACCCGAUGGCGGCUGCGGAGUAGUAUACGCCAUGGAAGACGGGGUGUAUAAGUACUAUAUAAGGAGGAUGUAUCACCACAAGAGGACAGACUACGGUCGUGU